AAUGCCCCCCGUGCCCCCCAGGUGGAGUACGACGGGCUGACGGGGCGCGUGGAGUUCAACAGCAAAGGGCAGAGAACCAACUACAGCCUGAGGGUGCUGGAGAAGGGCCGUGACGGCAGCAGAGAGGUGGGGGUGUGGUUCUCCAACCGGACGCUGGCGAUGGACGCGGCCACGUUGGCGCUCAACGCCUCGGACAGCCUGGCCAACAAGACCCUCAUCAUCACCACCAUCCUGGUGGGCACUGGGGGG